CUCGAGUCUCACAUUCAAGGGUACUAUAUAUAUUAGUUCCAGGUCUCUUCUUCCAAAGCUAUUUGACACCCUUUCUUUGCUGCACCUGCUUUCUUUCUUGUUUGUCUGUGUCUGUCAGCUGUAUAGGGGCUCUAUCUCCACCUCGUCUUCGGCUUCCAUUCCUUCCCAUCCAACCCAUCCAAUUGUCCUUGUUCCUUUUGUCUUCCUAGACGACUAAUAGCUAUCUCAUCCCACAUUGUCACUUCAUAUCUCGGUUUCGCCGAUGGAAGAUGGCCCAAGCAACAACGGGACAUAUUCGUCCUUUCAAGGUGAUUUGUUGGCCUACCCAUAUCGACCACACCAGGGUCCUUACCUGAUGCCUGUUGGGCUUCACGAUGCUGCUUCAUCGCAGUACAAUGGAUUCUCGAUUCCCUCGCCAGUGUCGACCUCACGAAGCAUUAGUCCCUUUGAGGGUAACCUACAAGAUAUAGGCUUCCUUGCAAGAGACAACGGGAGCAAUCUUGCAAAUAUAUCUGGUGAUGGAGUCAAUGGCAUACAGGCACCGUCCCUGCAUAUGAGCUCGGAUCCACUCACACUUCUGGUCCCCCCUGUUCCCCCUGUUCCCUCUGUUCUCCCUGUUCCCCAAACUCAGGGUGACAAUCAUGUGAAAAAUCUGAGUGCUGCUCUGGCGCAAGUCACAACCGCGCUUGAAGCUGGCGCUUCAGAGCAGGGAAUAACACGUCUUUAUGAGAUAAAAGAUCUGCUCAGAGUCAACUACGAAAGACACAUCGCCAUGAUCCAGCACCAAAUCGACACUGCUGAGCACUUGCCUCACUCACCUGACUCGCAUGACAACAUGUCCAACAACAGAGUCAGGUAUGUCUGCUACCUCUGUCCUCCGGAGAAUCGCAAGACAUUCCAGGCUCGAGGCACUUUCAGGCGACACGUCUCCUACACACACCAUCGCCAAGUGAUAUACAAGUGCCUUGGCAAUAAUUGCUUUUUUGCAUCAGCAAGGCGGGACAAGGUUUACUGCCACAUGAGAAACCAUCACAACUAUUUAUUGCGAGUGACUCGGGAGCAAUCACAUCUGAUGGAGAUCAGAGUGGCUCCACCCCAUGUAUGUGGGCUGUGCUCGAAGCCCGUAAACUGCUGGGAGGAGUACUUCAAGUGUAUUUCCGAGCAUUGCCGCAUUGGAAAUAGUUCGACGAGCACUAGUGCAAGCCACAGUAGGCGGGGGAGUGAUGAUCGUGGUCCUGGAGGUGGCGGUAGUGGGCAUGGCCACAAUGGAUACCAGUUCUUCGGAAAUGGUUCCGGAGCGAGUGGUUUGCAGCCGUCCUUCCCCUAUGGAACUGGCAACAGCGGAGGCUCUUCACCGAAUGCUGGCCAGAAUUAUGGCUUUUAUGGUACCAGUUUCUCCAAUUGCGUGGACGCCAUUGGCCAAGUCGAUAAUGAGACAAUCUCAAGCGAAUCCAGUGGCGUAACAGAAGCCGCCUCACAUACAGAAUCAACUCCUUCUAGCCCAAGCGACAUGUCCCGUGAGACGGCCGGCGAAGUACUAUCGAGCCUCACAAGCCAGCACAGGUCCCUCGUGCGAGGAGACCGUCCAGCGAGCCUUGCGAGACGUGACUCGGGACAGCGUGGCGACGAAUUCCCGUUAUCUAACUCGUACGAACCUGCUUCAAGACGUAUCUCAGACGAUACCCGUCGCUGCAUAUUGCGGUCUAGCAGCAACCCUUUAGACACCACCCCCAAGCAGGAUCCCCGUUCUGUGGCUAAUAAGUCUUUCAAAAGACAGUGCCAUGGCUGUGGACACCUUUUGGACGACUGCACCAAGUGUCAACUUAUGAAGGGAACCGUUCUCAAGUGCCAUCUGUGUGCAGACAUGGUCUGCAAGACACACGACUUUCGAGAGGUCGAACAAUCGAAAAACUGCAAGCAAUCCAUCGAUGGCAACGAGCUGUCUAGAUUGGAGCGUCCAGUCUCAGAUGAUACUCGGUUCCUAUCGUCAUCCGAUCAAGCAGGAGGUCCGGCUGACCUUUCAAGUGAUAUCGCUUAUGCUAUCCUUGAGGAACAGCUUCACCCGAGUGCGCUGGCCUUUUCAGGUUAUGAAAGUCGUGAAGCCAGCAUUUCAAUGGCACACACGAAGAAGACCUCGAGUACCGGCAGCCUAGGUUCUAUUUGCCCGGGUUCUCAUGCUCCCUCUGCAAGCCACAUGGGCCAUGAUGCAGUGGCACAAACUGUGGCAGCGAAGCUACACACUUCAGCCUCUGAAGGGCUUGAUUACUUACUAGGUGAAAAGACACGGCUAGAAGCACAAGAACUUGCGCAUGAUUGUGACCAUGGUGACUUACAUGGAACUAGGAAACUGGCUCAGACAUACAACCUGCGGUCUCUUAUGAAGCUGCAACAUGAGUUGUACAGCGUCCUUCCUUUCUGUGUUUUGACUAUGGUGGAAGACUUCCUCAAUCAUAUGCACACUUGCUGGUUACUAUAUGAGGCAGUUCUUUUCCACUCAAUGUCACCUUCCUGUCAAUGCGGCCAAGAGGGCGUUUGGACUGACACAACCGAGUCAGCUGGCGAUCGCCGAUACCUAUGCUAUCCAUCGGGGAAACUGCGCCACAGCUCUCCAGCUAGACGCAUUCCGCGCAAAAGGCAUGCCCAGUUGCGAGCGAAACUGCAUGUGAUUGUCGAGCUCAUCGUGCUCCGUGCUGCUGCCAUGAGGAAGAAGUCUAGGAUGAGCCUAUUGACAGAUACUCCGGGUCCAGAGCAGCUAGAGUCCCACGACAUCAACGCAGAGGCUCAAGUAACCAAUCCCGACUCCCAGGGUCCCCGAUAUCUCCAAGUGAUGUUCACUCGCGGCACUGAGGUGGUAGGGGACGUUCUGUCUAACUUGAUAACGGGUGUCAUAUACGCAACAGAAGAAGAGCUGGAUAUUGUGAAGCCCGUUCCGGUAUAUAUGUCGAUGCUUUUUACCGAAAGAUCGAUGUGGGCUGUGGGAGAAGUUGAAUGAAUGACUGCUGACUUAGUAUAUAACGGCCAUUGUUUCACUGUUUCGUUCACUGCUGUGGUUUUUCUGACUUGUUUUUCGAUUUCCGCCUUCGUUAUGACCUGCUAUGAGUUUUGCGAUUCCCAUGUACAUGAAUAUGAUAUGUUCAUGAAUUGACUUGAACAUGAUAGACG